UGGGGGGGGAGGCCUGCUGUAUCUGCAAACCCAACCUGCCAAAGGGCAAAGACACUGACUUUCUAAACUUGGUCUCUGCCACUCUGUCUCUCCACCUUUUCCACUUGGGUAGUUUUUAAGACCAAUGUAAGCACAUGUCUGGAUCCAGGAGGAAUUUUUGGGACUUGUGAUGAAAUAAAGGAAGUGCCGAUUUACAUAGAACAGUCGUGAUCCUGCUGGGCUGAAGAGUUGUUGUUUUUUUUCCAAACACCCUGGGAUUAAACACCCAGUGGGAUUAAGCUGUUUAAAGGAGGAAAAUCCUGAUAUUUUGUCUUCAUGGAAACAUAACCUGCACAAAGGAUUGACUUUUUGGAGGAUUUUUUAUAUUGGAACAAUGACAGAUGCUGCUGAAGCACGGUCGUCGGUGACAACCACCAUGGUCAUUGAUGGCAAAGUGGGAGAAGCUGGCUCAACCACUGUCCGGGGGUCCAAGAAAACGUUAACAGAGGACUUCUACUCUACUUUUAGCUCUCCUUUAGCCUGGAUCCUGGUUCUGGCACUAGUCAUCACAUGGACAUGUGUGUUCGUUAUAAUGUUCGAUCUGGCAGACUACAAGACCAUUGCAGAUCGCCCUUCUGCUGGCAUCAGGAAGGUUUUAAAGGAUUCAGGGCGCAGAGGAGGUCUCAGCAAAUUCAGCUCAGACCCUGUGAAGGUGGUGAACGACGCUGUGGAUGAAUCAACAAACAUGAUUAGCUCCGUGUUUAAUUUCGCUGCAAGCCUCAUCGCUCCAGAGGAAGACGAAGGAACGCUGUAUGCAGUAAGGAAAAAAGGAGAAUUUCUACCACCCAGAAGUAAAGUUAUAGAAAUGCAAGUUCAGACAACACAAGAAAAGACAGAAGAAACAGCAAAAGAAGAAGAAGAGGAUGAGGAUGAGGCAGAGGAGGAAGAGGCUGCUGAGGAGGAAGAAAAAGAGGAGGAUGGAGACGAAAUAGAGGAAGAGGAGGAGGAAUAUGAUGAGGAAGAGGAAUAUGAGGAGGAGUAUGAAGAUUAUUAUGAGGAAGAUGAGGAGUAUUAUGAGGAGGGGGAGUAUGAGGAGGAAUAUGAGGGGGGUGAGGAGGAUGAAGAGUUAGAUGAAGAUGAUGAGGCAGAGGAAGAGGAGGACGAAGGAGAUGAAGAGGAGGAAGAAAUUGAGUCUGAGGAAGCAGCCAAUGAAGAGGAUGAGGCAGUGGAGGAAGAGGAGGAUGAAGUAGAAGAAGAAGUAAAAGCAGCAGGAGCCGAACAAGAGGAAGCAGAAGAGGAGGAGACGGAUGAAGAUAGAGAGGAGGAAGAUGAUGAAGCUCACCCAUCUGCUGAAGUAGAGCCCAAAGAUGAAGAUGAUGCGAAGAAGGAAGCAAAAAAACAUGAUGAUGAAAAAGUAGUGAAAAAAGACACAGCUGCUGGUGAGGAAGAGGAAGAGUCCUCUGAAGAAGUUUUAGCUGCAGAUGAGGAAGAUGAGGCCUCUCAUGAAUACUCUCCUGAACCCGUUUCCACCUCAGACGAAGAAGAGGCGGCUCUCUCUCCAGACUCCGAUUCAGACGUUCCAGUAGCCAUCAGACACAGCGAUGAAGACGUCACGCUCCCUGAGGAUGAUGAUGGCAAAGAUGAAGACCUAGAAGAUGAUAGCAGUGAUGACGCGUUUGUCGAUUCCUCAGACAGUGAAGCCGCACUUCUGCCCAGCGAGGAAGAUGAUGAAGAUGACAAAUUGGCAGCAACAUCAGACAGCGAUGAUGUCAUCUUAGAGGACACUGAGGAUGACUUAGAUCUUGAUCUUCCUCCCACAGUCAUUACUAGUGACGAUGAGGAAGAUAUUAAGAUUACAAGCGAGGAAGAUCUAUCUUAUCUACCAUAUGAUGAUGACGAUGAUGAUGAAGACAUAAAGAUUUCUGAAGACACUGAUAAAGAAGAUGAAGAUACGGGGGAUGAUCUGGACCAAUCAGACGACGACUCUGUUGCUUCCUCUGAACAGUUUGCAGAUGAUGAAGAUGAAGGUAGAGAUGACGAGUAUGAGAGGGACAUCCCCAUCGACCUUGAUGAUGAUGAAGAUGCUGAAGAUCUUGAUAAAUUUGUUGAAGAUGAUGAUGAUCAUGAUGAUGAUUAUGAAAUAGAAGUAGAAGAAGAAGAUGUUCUUCCUUUUCUCAGCUCAGACAGCGGUGUGUUGGGUGACGAAGAUGACGAUGACGACAGCUCUCUGAAACUGGAUGAAGACUCUCUGAGUGAUGAAGACGAGACUGACGAAGAUGAGGACAUUGAGACGAGCUCGGCAGAGAUCAGCUUCGGAGAGGAAAAGAUGAAAACAUCUGUUGGCACUGAGGAAGACGUAGAUGAAGCAAAGGAACCCUUCGAUGAAGACUUAGAAGAUGACGAUGAUGAUAAAGAUUUUGAUGACCUGGUCCUUGCAGGCACUAUAGCAGCGGCGUUAACCAGCCAGGAGGAGGCAGCAAAGACUGAGGCUGAUGAUGCUGAGGAGGAGAAGGCUGAUGAAGACGAGGCAGAGGAGGAUGAAACAGAAGAAGCUGAGACCCACCAGCCUGCUGAUACUGAGGACAAAGAUGAGGAGGAAGAAGCUGAAAAACCUGUUUCUAAGCCUCGGAAAUCUGUAGACAAAUCUGAAGAGAAAGAGGAGGAGUAUGAUGAAGAUGGAGAUGAGGAAAAGGCAACAGUGGAUGUGAUUAAACCAGUGCCUGAACCAGAGGAGGAAACACCAAAGACUAAAGCAGCUGAGUGUCCCUGUAUGCACUCUGCAAAGGCUACAGAGGCUGUUUCCAAGACUACAGAAAAAAAAGAUGCUCCCAGGAGGGUGUCAGCUGUGCGGCGUAAAAAAGAACAGGAAACUGUAAAGAAGACAGAUGAAAAGCCAAGAAGGCAAGUUCUUCCUAGAAUGCAGAUUCAGGAACCAAAAGUCAGAAGAAUCCGAAGAUUAGCUCCUCUUCUGAAAGCUAAGAUCAAAGCGAGGGCCAGGAUGUCAAAAAAAGCGACAGAAGCUAAAGAACAGGAACAGGCUACAGAGUCAACGCAAGACGUCAGUCCCUGCAGACCUGCUCCAGUUUACUGCCCUGCUCCCCCAGGAUGGUACGUUCAUCACAUUGUGACAGACAAUCCCUACCCUCCUCCGACCAUGUCAGCUCCUUCCGCUCCGAUUGUGACUGUUCAUCCUGCAGCUUCACCAUCACAGCCUCCAUAUCAGCAGCAGCCUCCUCCUCCAACAAUGCAGCCGUUCUAUGCUCACUAUCAACCAUAUCAGCCCCCAGUGCAGCCUAUGAUGCCACCUCCUUCAGAACCUUCUCCACCUGAACAACCAGAGGAGACAGAGGCUCCCCAACCUGAAGCCCUGGUGGAGCCAGAGACACCGACUCCAUCUGCAGAAGCUCAGGCGGCUGCAGCUGAAGUUCAGGAAACAGAGAAAGUGGAGGAAUUAAAGGCUGCCUCAGUGAAGAAAGCUGCAAAGAAAAAAAGCAAGGUUGCUGAUUCGGUAAAAGAUGCAAAAAAAGAGAAAACCAAACCGUCAGCAGAAGCUAAGAAAGAGAAAAUUGCAAAGGUGAAAUCAAAGCUUCAAGCUGAUGCUAAAAGAGAGCCUGCAGCUGUACAACAGAAAAGGAAAUCAGUGUCUAAGAGGACAGUGUCGGCUGUCAAGAGCAAAGUCAAAGCCUCCAUAAAUAAGAAAGAUUCAGAACCAAAACCGCAGCCACUGAGACUGAGAACGAGAGCGGAAGCUGACAUGAGGACAAAUGUGACGUCUCAAGCUGAAAAGAAGAAGCCCAUCAGAAUCUCCUUUAAACCAGGAAAAAGUACAAAGGCAGAGAAGAAACCUGUCAAAGAAGAUCCAGCUCUAGAUAAAGAGAAACAAUCACCCAAAACAAAGAACCCUGGGACUGAGGACAGUGUCACAGAUGAGACAGAAAAGAAGAAACCAAGCCAGAAAUACUUCCAGUGUAUCUAUUUCCCAGGAAAACAGGCACACUAUCCUUUACGACCUUUCACCCCAGCCAUGUCCCCCGCCAUGUUGUCUCCUGCUGUACGAUCGAUGCUGGAGCAGAGAGCAGCCAGAGCUGCGGGGCAGUGACCUGACUCCCUCACAGAGACGUGUCAGUCAAACCAACAGAGAUAUUUAAUUCUGUGACAUUCUUUGUUUGCAAUAACUGACACGGGCAAAAAGGAGGGAAUUCUCUUUGAUCUUUUAUUUAUUGAUUCAUUUAAUGGUUGAGCUCCUGGGUUUUAUUUUGAAAUGUUGCUGUUCCUAACAACUUUUUGCCUCUAUACACUGAAUAAUGGGACUUGUUGGUUCUGUAAACAUUACCUCGGUUUUUUUAUGUAAAAAUUACUGCAAAUUGCCAUGUAAGUGCAUUUACUUCAAAAUGACACCUUUUAUGUCAUGUGUUACUUUCAAUUAAUUUUUAAAUCUAUAUCCAUCAACAUGCAAGAACAUUUAUUUCAUCUUACCCAAUAGCAUUAACAAACCAGUUCCCAGAUUAACAGAUGCAAGUACUAUGUACUCGGAUAUUAGGAGUAAACUUGGUGCUAUUUUCCUCGGCUGACCAUGUUUAGGCCAGAAAUAGAAAAUAUUGUUUACUUUUUGGCUGCAGGGUGGUGCAGUUUGUAGCACUGUUGCCUUUGCAGCAAUUAGGUUCUGUGUUUGAUCCCUGGUCCAGGGUCUUUCUGCAUGGAGUUUGCAUACUCUUCCCAUGCAUUUGGAUUCUCUCCGGGUACUCCGGCUUCCUCCCACAGUGCAGAAACAUUACUGUUAGGUUAAUUGGCAUCUUUACAUUCUCCUUGUGUGUGCACGGUUGUAUGUCUCUGUGCAUCUUUGUAAAAUUUAACAGCAAAACAAAAGUACAUUUUGUUGACAAGAGAAAUUUUGCAGUAAAAUUUGUUUGACUUUGUUAAAUCAACUCCUCUUAGUAACUUUGAUUUAAUUUAGUGAAAUAUACAAAGAAUUUCUAUGUGGAAAAAGUUACCUUGCUUUUUCUAAGUACAGUGUGUUUUUUCACUGUAGUCUUUUGCAUCCAGCAUUUUUUUACCUUCAUACAUUUAUUGUGUAGAAUCUUAGUGCACGUUUCAUUGCUUUAAGAUACACUCCACAGUUUUAUGCACAUGUAAAUACAAAAUAUGUUCCCAUCAAAUCUAUAAUCCAUAUUCUUCUGACUACAACCAGAUUUCUUUUGCAUCAGAUAUUAAAAAGCUUGUAAUAUUUGACUUUUUCUAGCACUGUCACAAUUUUUUAAAGUAAUCUGCAUUGCCCAUUUUCAUUUCCUCUGCUUACCUGUUGGUGCAAAAGAUUAGCAUGCAACUAGCAUAAAACCCAAACCCAGGAGCUCCCACUUUAAUCCCAGCAGUAUCCCUGUCUCCAAACAUCUACUUGUAGCAUCCUGCUGCAUACUGAUGAACACUGAAACUCAUCCCAUCACAGAAUAAGUUGUUCUCCUUGUUUGACCUGUAGAUGGAUCUGUUUUUUAUUCUUAUAAAAAUAUGACUUAAAAGCUAGCAGUGAACUCUGAACAACCUGUUUGUGUUGUUAAGGAGAUUUCUGCUAUUUAAGAUUGUGUCAAAAAUAUAAUUCUAAUAACAAAGAUCUUGGUAAACAGUUAUACAUGCAUGUAGUAAUUUAAGUUAAACUGGAGAUAUGGAAGUUCAUACAUUAAGUAUGCUGUUAAAUUAUUCAAGUUAUAAAUAAAAAAAUAUAGAAAAACCUAAGGCAGAAUUACUUAGAAUAAUUUUCUCUUGGUAUAUUUGCUGCACUGUAAGAAUCAUAGUUUGACUGUAAUGGGAAAGGCUGACUGAGAAAAUGCUCUCAAAAGCUUUAAAUAAUGAGAUAAAUAAAUACCUGAAUAAAUAACUAGAUGUUUCACUGUUCAUGCAUUUGUUGAAUUUAUAUUUAUAAAUUUAUAUACAUAAGAUUUAUAUGAACAAAUAGGAGCAGAAAGAAGAAAAAUCUUAUAUAAUCUGGUCUUAGAAAAAGAGGAGAAAAGAAAAUGAAAAAGAGAUUGCAUUCACAAAAAUAGGAGUAUUUAGUAUUUCUAUCAUUUUGUAUUUCAUAUAUCAUUGGUAUAUAAAGGUGAUGACUACAUUCAUAUUUCCACAAAGUUUCAAAGAUGCAGCAAUCAGAGUUUUAACUUUAUGCUUUUUGGAGACGGGAAAACUGCAGGACAACAUUAACGUGACCAACGGAUGCGAUGCUGUGAUGUCUGCUACAGCGAAUGAAUGUAGACGUUCUUAUCGGCCUUGAAUUGGGCCUGAUUAGUUGUCAAGUUUUCUUGUACCUCGAUCUCUCUUCGUUCCGGUGAUGUGACUCCGCUCCGAGUUUGCCUCUUUGGUUUUAAGCCUCGCUGAGCACUGCUGGAAAUUUCCUUUUACUGUCUUAUUAAACACAAAGUUUAUGUUACUGUAAAGAAAUAGCAAAGGAGUUUGACUCUAAAGGAUGACUGCUAAAACCCCCACGGUUUACUUGAAGAUACAGGCAGUUUAGUCACUCCUUGUGAAGUUUAAUAUUACUUUAUAUUCUAAGUUUUGUGAUAAGCUGAUGCCUUUUUCUAGAUAAUGCACACUGAGCAUGCAAAAGUUUUAUUAAAGUAUUUAAAUCUGAAAUGUUGGACAGAGGAAAGCUAAUCCAUGUUUUAUUAUGAGCUAGCUGGUUCUUUAUAUGCAAAGUGGAAAAUUUGCUUCAUCUGGGGAGAAGACAACAGCUUUGAGCAAAACAUGUCUGACAGUGUGGAUGUUACCGACUAGUUUUUUUACACUCCGAAGGAGCCGUUAACACUGGUGAGAAAGUUUUUAUUUCACGUCAAACGGUUUUCUUUGAUGGGUUUUGAUGCAUCUAACCCUCAAGUUUGUUUAAAACUUUAAGUUGAUUAGUCCUAAUCUAACAUGGGUUCAGGGAAACUAUGAGCUCUGCUCGCUUAAACGGUUUAUGGAUUUAAGUGUGAAAAAGGGAAAAUGUAGGAUAGCUAAACAGGAUCUGACAACCAGCGAAUGUGUUUUUUGGAGGCGCCUUAAAACACACCUGUGAAUCAGGUGUUAACUUUCAGUUUGUUGUAAAUGCUUCGUUACUGCAGCACAAAGUGCGUCUGUGUUAACUUUAUUAUAUUAACUACAGUAUUUACAUUGUACAGCUGCAGGUAUGUUAUUGGUAAACUGUAGAUGUAAUGUCAGUUAAGGUGGGACAGACCAUAAUAUUGUAAAAGAAACAGAAAAGAACAGGAAUCAGUAUUAUCUGAUGGAAGUUAAGUUUUUGUUUUAAUGUCUCCUUGAGGUGGAAAAUGUAACUAAAGCUUGAUUUUAUUACAAGUUUAAUAUUCAUGUUUGAUAUUUUUUGCCUUGCAAUGCAUGCUCUUUUAAAAAAACUGUUGAUUGUUAUAGUUUAUUUAAGUGCUCUGCCUUUACAUUUUGCUAUUUCUUAUUCCUUUUAUCCUGUUUUUUCCUCUCUGUUCGAUUUGUGUAACCACAGCUGCACAAGGAUUUUAUCACAUUUACAGAUUUAAUCCUCGACGCAAAGAAAAAACGUUUGACUGUUGCAUUUUUCAGAAUCAGAGAAGUAGGAAAUGAUGUUUAGAGUUGAAAUGUCUUGAAAUUGUAUUCCAUUUACUUUCAGCAUAAAUGUUUUACUGCUUUAACUAACUUUGGUGCUUAAACUGAACACUUGACCAAGUAAACUGGUUAAAGGUUAAAGGUGAUCUGAUUCACUUCAUCUGUAAUCUGCAUAUCAGGCAUGUGUUUUAUGGAAAUCCUGUCUAUGUGUUUAGCAUGGGUUCAGGACAUUAUUAUGCAUUUAAAAGUAACAGGCAAGUGAAGUAGAUCCACAUCCAUGUGGUAAAUGGACUGAAUUUAUUCAUAUUUUACACUUAGUGUUUUAAACUGUGCACAAACACCUAAUCCCACUCAUAAACAAGAGGCAGUUUGAGGUUAAGUGCCUUGCCCAGGGGUAUCUUGACAUGUGGUAGGAUGAUUUUAGCAUCAAACCCACAGCCCACAGUUGUUCUAACAGCAAUAACUACAGUAUAUCUGCACAUAGUCACCAAAGUUGUUUUGUCUUCGCUGGACUGACUGUGUCAGUAAAUAUAACAGAAUGGUCAUUUAGGAAAAUCUACUUUGACUUUAUUUAGAAAACAUUGAUGUUCUGCUCGUUUGUUUUCCUGUUGGUACAGCGUAGAUUGACCCUUAACUGUUUUUUGACAGCUUUCCACUUUUGGCUGCCCAAAUUCUAUGUUUGAAAAUAACUUCUGCUUGAAUCCAUGAAUGCUUAGUUUUUUUAUUUGCAGCAAACGUCACAAUUGAUUAUUUUGCAAGAACAAUUUGUUUGCAAAACAAGUGAAAUGUUUAGAUUUUUUGUUUAAUUUGUUUUUUAUGUUUUAUGCAUGAAAAAAAUAUAAAUUCAGCCGAUGCUUAGUUCUGUUUCACAUCAUAUGGUGCAAAUAUGUGACUUAUGGGUGUAAAAACAAUAAUGUUGCCAUUAGACUGCCUUUAUCGACCUAUUUUAUGUAAUCUAAAGCAGAACUGUUUGAUGAAACUGAUUGUUGAGAGAAAAAGCCUGAUCUAGUUUCAUUUCUGAAGCCAAUUAAAGGCCAAGAAAGACCUGAAGACUCCAAAACAUCAGAGUGAGUGAAAAUUUCUGUUGUGUAAAAUGUUGAAACUUUCACCACAAUUGAGUUUUCUGUGUUAUGACUUCAAUAAAUAUUUGAAGCCAUUUGUGUAUCAUUGUAUCCAUC